AUGCUGGCCCUUUAAGAGACCAGCCCUCCCAGCUCUGACAGUUCCCAGGGCGAUGGCUCUGUUAAAAAGCUCUGAGCCGCUGCAUCUUCAAUUCAUUGUGUGCCCACAUCAGCUACAGAGGCUGCAGGAACCAUGAGCCGUAAAGUCGUGAGGUCCAGCAAGUUCCGCCAUGUUUACGGACAGCCAGCCAAGGCUGACCAGUGCUACGACGACAUCCGUGUCUCUCAGAUGACCUGGGAUGGGAAUUUCUGCUCUGUCAACCCCAAAUUCCUGGCCAUUGUCGUGGAGGCCAGUGGCGGAGGAGCCUUCUUGGUCUUGCCGUUAGCUAAGACUGGCCGCCUAGAUAAAUCCUACCCAUUAGUCUCAGGGCACACGGGUCCUGUCCUGGAUGUGGAAUGGUGCCCCCACAAUGACAAUGUGAUUGCAAGUGGGUCCGAGGACUGCUCUGUUAUGGUCUGGGCAGUGCCUGAAACCGGCCUCAUACGAUCCUUGAACGAACCCCUGGUGACUCUUGAAGGACACUGUAAGCGGGUGGGGAUUGUCACCUGGCACCCGACCGCACAGAAUCUUCUGCUGAGUGCAGGAUGUGAUAAUGUGGUGAAAGUCUGGGAUGUGGGUGUUGGGCAGGCACCUCUCUCAUUAGACGAGCUGCAUCCAGAUGCCAUCUAUAGCGCAUCUUGGAACCGGGAUGGAUCGCUUCUCUGCACAACCUGCCGUGAUAAGCACCUCCGAUUGUUUGACCCACGCGCAGGGCGCACCGUUGCCAAUGAACUUCCGCGUCCACAUGAGGGAUUGCGUCCAGUCCGGGCUCUUACAGUGAACGAUGGGAAAUUGCUCACGACAGGCUUCAGCCGCAUGAGUGAGCGGCAGGUGGCUCUAUGGGACAUGAGGAAUCCUGAGGAGCCACUGACCCUCCAAGAACUGGACACGAGCAGCGGAGUCCUCCUUCCUUACUAUGAUCCAGACACGAAUGUGGUUUAUCUGACUGGCAAGGGUGACAGCAGCAUUCGCUAUUUUGAGCUGACGGGAGAGGCUCCUUUUGUGCACUAUUUGUCCAUGUUCAGCUCCAAGGAGUCUCAACGAGGAGGCGGAUGGAUGCCUAAGAGAGGCCUGGAUGUCAGCAAAUGUGAAAUUGCCAGGUUUUACAAACUCCAUGAGAGGAAAUGCGAACCCAUUGGUAUGACCGUACCACGAAAGUCAGAUCUAUUCCAGGAAGACCUUUAUCCGGACACACCUGGCCCCGAUCCUGCACUGACAUCCGAGGAGUGGCUGUCAGGGAAGAACGGCAGUCCCAUUCUCAUAUCCCUCAAGGAUGGCUACACUCCUCAGAAGACCCGGGAGUUUAAGGUUAACCAGACCUUGCUACAAGGACCAAAAAAAUGCCAUGAAGGGACACCACAUGGGAAUUCAGCUUUAGACCAGCUCUCCGAGGACCUGAAGCGGCUGCAGGCCACCAUCUUACAACAGGAGGAACGCAUCUCAGAGCUAGAGAGGAUUGUGAAGAAGUAACAUCCCCAUCUCUUCCACCCAACCGAUCCUGUUUGCCACCAGAUACAUUGGACUUUGUUUCUCUAGCCUUUGAAAUACAAAACAAAAAAACAAACCCUCGGUUUAAUUGUGGGUGGAUCCUCAGGGCAUUAUUACGUUCCACCCCAAACUCAGGACAGAAGCUAAGAUUGCCAAUUCCAGACAGACCCUCCCUAUUUGUUAGCCAGGUUCAAUAGAGUCUGGGUCCUGUUUGGGCCAAAUUAAACAUACAUUCUCUCUUCUUAGGUUCUCCAGAGAGAGGCAGAUACCCAUCUCUUGAGGGCUUGAUUACAUGCAUGUCUUUUUCUACAUUACUUGCCCACGGGCCUGCUGGUUCCCCAUUUCUCUGGAAAGGGCUGGAAAGGGUCUUCUUUUGAGGACAGGGGCCACAUUUCCAAAGGUCAUUUUAGACUAAAGCUCCCAGCAUCUCCCAUCCAGGAUACUUGGAGCUGUGGCCAAAAGACAAACUUUUCUAAGCCCUGGACUCGGUUACAUCUUAAAAUUUCAUGAAAGUGACAAUGUUUUAUUAAUCUAGGGUGCAUUUAAUUUUAGCAACUUUUCAAAAAUUACAAGUAUUUCUCAAAGCUACAGGUUGCAAGGACCAUCUGAAAGAAGCAUCUCUUGCGCGAGAAACGGGGGGCUAUUUCUUGAGACAUGUGCUGCGAUCCGUCUGCAUUUGCCUAAUAAAGUACACUUGUUGCUUUAGAA